CUCGAGUCGCUGGUCAGACCUGUUCUUUACGCAAGUUUUAUCGAAACCUGUUGGUCGGCUGGCUGCCUGCGUCAUCAACAACAAAACCACCUCAUCCCGCGUAAGAAAAACCACAAACGGACCCUUUCGACCUUUCAAACCGAACAGUCCCAUCCACAAAACCGUCAAAAUGGGCCAGAACCUCUCGCUCUCGGAAAAGUUCGCCGACACCUCCAAGGCGACCCUCGCGCCCUGGGACCGCACCAGCGACACGAUCCUCGGCAUCCUCUGGGCCUGCUCGCUCUACGGCAUCGGCAUGAUCUGGUGUGCCGUCGCGCUGCUGCGCCGCUGGGCGGGGAGAGACGGCGAGCGGGGCGUCAACCUGUUCGGCAUCCUCGCCGCCUUUCUGAUGUCGGCCGGGUGGCCUGUGAUAUUGUUAUACUUUGCCAUGAACGAUCGGUAAUUGGGAGGGUGGGAUGAUGUGGGUGAGGCUGGGCGGCGGGAUAGUUUUGAGUGUUGGACAUACUCGAAGUAUCGUGACUCGGACUAUGGGUUGUGAAU